AUGCCCCAGAAAAUGACCAGUGAAGAACUCAAAACGGAGAUGUUUGGUGCUCCAAUUGAGCCCAACAACAUCCAUCACAACAAUCUCAUUGACAUUCUGAAGCAGACACUCGGCAUUGUCGAAUUCAAGAGCUUCAUUGGCCACCACCCUGUUGCUCUAAACAGAGAGCGCUUGGAUCUCCUGCUCAACGAGGACUAUUUGGUCUGUGAGAAGAGUGAUGGAAUACGUGUCAUGCUCCUGUUAAGUGGUCAAUUCACCUAUCUCUACGAUAGAACGAACAAAUUCCACAUGACUUGCAUAAACACCAGAACCAAAGCCCCAUUUCUCUUUGAUGGUGAAAUGUACCGAACCAAGGACACCUUCGUCUUUGCCAUUUUUGACGUACUGAUUUUUGAUGGGAAAUCUGUGCUAAAAAGGAACCUGAUUGAGAGACUCAGCCUGUGCCAGUCAUUUGCCAACACCUUCCGCUCCUCCCACCGUGAUUCAGCCCUCAUCAAAUUCAAAAUUGUCUUCAAAACAUUCAUCAAAUCUUACGCAUUCAAAUCAAUUCUGGAUGCAAUCAGCUCAUUUGAUCACAAGAAUGAUGGACUGAUCUUCACGCCUGUCAGUGAUCCAUAUGCUCUCUACGCCAUAAGCAGAAUUCUCAAGUGGAAGCCACCUCACCUGAAUACGAUCGAUUUCAAAAUCAGGCCAAUCUUCCCAAAGUUGUUCGGCCUCUUCUGCACAAUCUGCCCAGAGCAGUUUCGACUUUUUGUGAAGGGAGCCAACUGCCCCACUGAAAUUGAAUUGGGCCGCUAUUUUCUGACUGAAGGCGACUUCCAGAAUUCAGGUGAAUCAUUUUCGAAUAUCAGGGAGAGACUGUCUGAUGGAUCAAUUGGUGAAUUUGGAUUUGAUUCAGAAAAAGAGGUUCUUGAGGAAGAUGGCACCUUCAGCAAAGGGGGAUGGGUUCUACAUCGAAUCAGAGAGGACAAGCUCGACCCAAACAACGUCAAAAUUGCAAUUGAGCAGAUCGAGUCGCUUGCGGACGAGGUCGGCGAGGCCGAGCUCGUCGCCAAUGGCCCUGAAAUGCAACGAAACUUCAAAUCCAGGCAGAAUAAAUCACCGUAG